CCACCGGCGGCUGUGUGCAGACGGAGAAUGCUCUAGCGCUGGGGCGGCUGCGGAUGAAGUCCUUGGGGAGUAAAGGCCCGGGCCAAGGGCGAUGGUGGAGUAGAGCUGCCUCGCAGAGGCAGCAUGAGCUGAAUGGGUGACAGGAAAGAGGCGCUAGACAGCAUGGAGGACUUUCUGCUCUCCAAUGGGUACCAGCUGGGCAAGACCAUUGGGGAAGGGACCUACUCAAAAGUCAGAGAAGCAUUUUCCAAAAAACACCAAAGAAAAGUGGCAAUUAAAAUUAUAGACAAGAAGGGAGAGCCAGAAGAAUUUAUCCAGAGAUUCCUGCCUCGGGAGCUCCAGAUCGUCCGCACCCUGGACCAUAAGAACAUCAUCCAGGUGUACGAGAUGCUGGAGUCUGCUGACGGGAAAAUCUUCCUGGUGAUGGAACUGGCCGAAGGAGGGGAUGUCUUUGACUGUGUGCUGAAUGGGGGGCCGAUGCCUGAGAGCCGGGCCAAGGCCCUCUUCCGUCAGAUGGUUGAGGCCAUCCGCUACUGCCACGGCUGUGGUGUGGCCCACCGGGACCUCAAGUGUGAGAACGCCUUGCUGCAGGGCUUCAACCUGAAGCUGACCGACUUUGGCUUCGCCAAGGUGUUGCCCAAGUCCCGCCGGGAGUUGAGCCAGACCUUCUGCGGCAGCACAGCCUAUGCCGCCCCCGAGGUCCUGCAGGGUGUUCCCCACGACAGCAAGAAGGGUGACGUGUGGAGCAUGGGCGUGGUCCUGUACGUCAUGCUCUGCGCUAGCCUACCUUUCGACGACACGGACAUCCCCAAGAUGCUGUGGCAGCAGCAGAAGGGGGUGUCCUUCCCCACGCAUCUGGGCAUCUCGGCCGAGUGUCAGGACCUGCUCAAGCGGCUCCUGGAACCAGACAUGAUUCUCCGGCCUUCAAUCGAAGAAGUUAGUUGGCAUCCAUGGCUAGCAAGCACUUGAUAAAAGCAAUGGCAAGUCCUCCCCAAUAAAGUAGGGGGAGAAAGCAAAC